UUUGCAGGGAAAAAGGCAAAAAUACUCUCAACUAAAAACAUAAUAACAGCUUUAUGGCGGUGGAAGGGAAAGAUAAGUUGUGAAAAUCCUCCCAAAAUUAAAUCAUAUAGAAUUUUGUGGACAAAUUACAUCGUUUAGCCUAGCUGAGCCAACACGUUUGUAUACUCUGCGGUAAUAUGUUACGAUACUUUAUUUAAUACCAAACACAAUAGAACUCACAUGGUACGUGUUUACAAACACGAAUGAUAAAGUUUUUCUGCCAAAAAUUUUUGGAUUUUGACUCAAGAAGACCGUUAAGAUUGCUGAUUGGAAUAGGUGAGGGUUAUAUAUGACAUUUUACUGCAGUUAGAUCUUGAUUUCUAAUGGCUGGUGCUCAGAAAAUCGAUUUUCUGAUCCAAUUAUCUCGUUGUUUUUUAUUAGAAGUAAAAUACUAUCAUAUUAUGGCGUUUAGACUAUCAGUAAAGUGACUUGAAGACCGCGGAUUAGCUUUUCCUUCGUCCUUCGAGUCCUCCUCUGCUGUGUUUAGCAUACUGCGUCUUUACAGUCUAGGUAUUCUCUUUGUUAUUGACUUAUUGUUAGUAUUUGAAAACUCAUCAUGGGUAAGAAGGGAAAAAUUGGAAAACAGAGAAGAGAUAAAUUUUAUCAUCUAGCAAAAGAAACAGGUUACCGAGCACGUUCUGCAUUCAAACUUAUUCAGUUGAAUAGAAAGUUUGAAUUCUUACAGUCAUCUCGUGUUUGUAUUGACCUGUGCGCGGCACCAGGAGGAUGGCUCCAGGUUGCGUCAAGAUUUAUGCCAGUAUCAAGCAUCAUCAUUGGUGUAGAUUUAGUCCCAAUAAAACCAAUAGCAAACGUUAUCACUUUGCAAGAUGAUAUCACCACACAGAAAUGUAGGCAGGACAUAAAGAAAGAGCUCAAGACAUGGAAAGCUGACUGUGUUUUAAACGACGGUGCUCCAAAUGUUGGAUCAGCCUGGGCACAUGAUGCUUUCACACAAGCACAUCUGACACUAGCUGCUUUGAAGCUUGCAUGCGACUUCUUAAACAAGGGAGGAUGGUUUGUCACAAAGGUGUUUCGCUCAAAAGACUACCAACCAUUGAUCUGGGUUUUCAAUCAACUCUUCAAGAAAGUUCAUGCAACAAAGCCACAAGCCUCGCGUAAUGAGUCAGCAGAAAUAUUUGUUGUUUGUCAGGGUUAUAAAGCUCCAGACAAGAUAGAUCCAAAGUUACUUGAUUGGAAGUGCAUCUUUGAAGAAGUAAAUCAAGAGCCUACAAAACAAGCUAGUCUUCUCAGCAAUAAAAAACGAUCGCGUGCCCAGGGCUAUGAAGAAGGAGACUAUAGCUUGUUCAAGACUUUAGCAGUCACAGAGUUUGUGAAGAGUGCAAAACCCUUGGAUCUUUUGAGCUCAGUGAAUCAGAUUGUGUUUGAUGAUAAAAGAUAUCUUCAACAUGAUUUAACCACGUCUGAAAUCAAGGAAUGUUGCAAGGAUAUCAAAGUUUUAGGAAAAGGGGAAGUGAGAUUAUUGUUGAACUGGCAAGCAAUGUUGCAUGAUCUGGAAAACAGUCCUGCUGAAAACACGAGCGCUGAGCAAGACAAAGAAGACGUUGCACCAGAGAAAACUGUUGACGAGAUGAUCCAGGAUUUGAAAGACGAGGAAACUGCUGAUGGCAAAAGAAAGCGUCGUAAGUUGUUUGCAAUGAAGAAACAGGCUCGUGAAAGAAUGCAGAUUGGUGGUGGAGCGACUGCUGACGGCGAUGACGCUGAGCUCUUCUCGCUGAACAACAUCAAGAGUAAGAAGAAUUUGGAGAAGGUCGAUGAGGGAGAUAUGAUUGAAGAUGCGGACGAUGAUGGGGAUAGCAGUGAUGUCGAGGACAGUGAGGACAGUAGCGCUGGGGAUAUCGAGGACAAUGAUGAUGAAGAAGAUGAUGAUGAUGAUGUCAAUCCACUGUUGGUCGAUCCAGACGAAGAGACUGAUCAACUAACGAAAACCAAACUUUGGUUUGGCAAAGACAUGUUUCAAGGUCUAGAAACUGUGGAAGAUGAGGAUUUUGAGGUGGAGCAAAUGAUGAAAAGGCACAAAAAAGCUGGUGGUGUUCUUUUGGGAGAUAAUAAGGAUACCAAAACGAUGACGAAGAGGUCCGAUAAUGCAGCGAGUCAGGCCGACAACAAAUCGUCCGACUCCGACAGUGACUCCGACGACAGCGAUUAUGAAAUGGAACAAGUGCAGAACGAGACAGAUGUUACCACGAAAUCUGAAAAUGGAUUUGAAGUCGUAUCACAACAUUAUCUUAUGAAAAAUAUGACACCUGAAGGACUUGCCCUUGGAGCGCAAAUGGCUUUCUCUAAGAAACGAAAGCGAGAAAUCGAAGAUGAGGCAUACCACAGGUGGACGUUCAACGAUGAUAACCUACCAGAAUGGUUCACCCAGGAUGAAGCUAAACAUUAUCAGCGUAACCUGCCAGUCACUAAAGAAGAGGCAAUGGAAUACAAGGCCAGGUUACGAGAGAUCAAUGCCAGACCAAUCAAGAAAAUAGCUGAGGCUAAAGCCAGGAAGAAACAGAAGGAAAUGAAACGACUUGAAAGAGCGAGGAAGAAGGCAGAAGUUAUUUGUGAUAACGAUGAAGUCACGGAUAAGGAAAAGGCACAACAGCUCAGGAACCUGUAUAAAAAAGCUGGAGUUGGCAAACGAAAGAAACCUGAAGUGAAAUACGUCGUUGCCAAGAAAGGAAUCGGGAAACGAGCAAAACGGCCCGCGGGCGUGAAGGGUCCUUUCAAAAUGGUUGAUCCGAGAAUGAAGACUGAUUUGCGGGGGAAGAUGAAAAAUCAGGACAAAAAACGAGGAAAAAGACGGAGAUAGUGAAAACACCAGAUAACUUCUUGACCUAAAUAUAAUUCUGUGUAAAUAUAUUCGAGCUUCAACUUGAACUAUAGUGACUGAAUGCAUAAAAGUUUAAUUAUGAGAGAGUUGAAAUUCAGCCUCAGUAUCACAUUUUCGUCCUAUUUGCUCUUUGGCGAAGUCUCGGACAGCAAGCAGGCAAAGAGAACGAGAACAUUACCGACAAGCCGGCUUGGGAUACGUUGGAAAAUGUGCAUUUUAACGGUGAAAAACAGAUUUAUUCCUCAGAUUUAGAACGAAAUAAUAAUUAUACGCAAUUUAGAACGUUCUGAAAUGUAACAAAAACGUUCUAGAAUGCAGCGAAGAUUGUUGUUCCAAAAAUGUAUCAAAAAUGUAGCAAGCGUGAGAAAAAUCAAUUAGAACUUUUUGGUAAGUGAAAAGAACCUUUCGCGUGGGAAAAGAACUUUUUCAUGUAUUCGAAAAGAACUUACGUGAGGAACAAACCGUUUCUGAAUCAAUUCAACUAAGGUUUCAACGAACGUUACGAAGAUCAAUGAAGCAGCAGUUGGUUAAAGUUUAGCGUGCAGUUUUCACACUAAAGCAGUUGUUUUGCCGAAGAAUUGUUUUGACAUGCACGAAAUAUUGAGAAAUCUUAGAAAUCUAGAAAUAUAUCAAGCUAGAGGCAUACCCAUUAACCGCAUUGGUUAUUGACAUAUUA